GGGAGCAUCGAGUCCGGGUUGGGGGUGGGGGCUGUGGUCAGACACACAUCCUGGGCACAGAUAGUGACUCAGGCACCACAGGUGCAAUGGGCUCUGCUGACCCUUCCUGGUUUCAGAAACAAGGCAUAAAAGGAGCUUUCUGCAGAAGGAAACCUUCCUCCUUUCCUUCCAGAAGUGCUGACGGUGGGUUGACUGCCGUUUGAGGCAGGGAGUCCUUUGUGUGUUCUGAGUCUGCUUCCUCCUCUUGGCCCUGCCCUAUAGGUCAUGAAGAAGGGCAAGAGGUCCCCACAUGAUGUUUAGAGAGCGAUAUGGAGUCAAGGCAUGUGGUGUUUAGAGAACGAUUCAGUGUCAAGUAAGGCCUUUCGGGGCUACAGGGGUCCUAGGGGAGAUGGGCAAUCCAGAGGGAUGAGAGCUUCCCCAGGGCAGAGGCCAGGGUCACCGAGGUGGGCUCACAGAGCUGCCAAGAGCUCUUCUGCCCAGGGGGCAGCCAGCAUUAAGGAUUGAGCACCUCCCAGGUUCCCCUGGGCUGGGCUGGGGCAUAUAAUGCAGAAUGAUGAAAAGUGCUCUCCAGGGCGGCGAUGGCGGCGGACGGGGACUGGCAGGAUUUCUAUGAGUUCCAGGAGCCGGCCCGGAGCCUCCUGGACCAGGAGAACUGUAACGCGAGCCCCGAGGCCGGGGCGGGGGCGGGGGCGGGCGGGGGCGCCGACGGUUUCCCGGCCCUGGCCUGCAGCUUGGAGGAGAAGCUGAGCCUGUGCUUCCGCCCCUCGGAUCCGGGCACCGAGCCCCCGAGGGGGGCCGUGCGGACCAUCACGGAGUGCAGCCUGCUGCAGGGGAACGAGAUUUGGAAUGCCCUGACGAAUAAUUAUGGGAAUGUGAUGCCUGUAGACUGGAAGUCAUCGCAUACUAGGACCUUGCACUUGCUUACUCUGAACCUCUCAGAAAAAGGUGACAGUUUGCUCUUUGAUACGUCAGAUGAUGAAGAGCUGAGAGAACAGCUGGAUAUGCACUCAAUCAUCGUCUCCUGUGUUAGUGAUGAGCCCCUCUUCACGGCAGACCAGGUUAUUGAAGAAAUUGAAGAAAUGAUGCAGGAAUCACCGGACCCAGAAGAUGAUGAAACCCCUACACAGUCAGAUCGACUUUCAAUGCUUUCCCAGGAAAUUCAAACUCUUAAGAGGUCUAGUACCAGCAGUUAUGAAGAGAGAGUGAAAAGGCUCUCAGUGUCUGAGUUAAAUGAAAUCCUAGAAGAAAUUGAGACUGCCAUUAAGGAGUACUCUGAGGAGCUGGUGCAGCAGUUGGCUUUACGAGAUGAACUGGAGUUUGAAAAGGAAGUGAAAAACAGCUUCUUUAUUUCUGUUCUUAUUGAAGUGCAAAACAAACAAGAGCACAAAGAAACAGCAAAAAAAAAAAAAAAAAAAAAGAAGCUAAAAAAUGGCAGCUCUCAGAAUGGGAAGAAUGAGAGAAGUCAUAUGCCUGGCACAUAUUUGACUACAGUCAUUCCUUACGAGAAGAAAAACAGACCACCAUCUGUUGAAGAUCUUCAAAUAUUAACAAAAAUUCUUCGUGCCAUGAAGGAGGACAGUGAAAAAGUUCCGAGCUUGUUAACUGAUUAUAUUCUGAAAAUUCUGUGUCCUACAUAGACCAGCAACUUUAUCUACAGUGGGCUCCGAGCUAGAUUUCCUACAGCAUUAUUCUGAAAGCUGGCUACCAUUGCCUUCUUGCUAUUGGAAACUCAGCACGUUUGAACUUGGGUUUGAUUUAGUAUUGACAGAUCUUGACUUCACUUAAUUCUUUAUAUUAUAGAACCAACGGAAAUAUGGGCACUAUUUUGAAUUCUAGAGAUGGUUUUUGUUAAAUCUACUAAUAAUUAUGAACUGUUCUCUUAGUAGAGUAAGAGAGUAAUAUUAAUUGUGCAUGUGCAGUUAUAUUUCUCAUUAACUGACCGUAUGCCCAUUUGUUUUUAUGGCUUUCUAAUCUAAAGUGCACUGAUGAACUAGAUUAAAGCCUUGGGAGAGUUAUACUAUAAAUUCAGUGAUGGCAAGAACCAACACUGAUUUUUGUGAGAAUUGUCAGUAUAAAUAUUACCUACCAGUAUUGUUCAGAGAUUGAAACAUAAUAAACUUGGGCUGCUCUUGAAGAAGCAAAACCAGAAUAUGCAUUAUUUUGGCUUAAUACUUAGUGAACAUUGGAAACUGUUGGUGAUGAUGGAUUUUGUAGCUUGCUGCUUGUUUAACCAUUGGUCAAAUUUUAACCAUUAAAUUGCCAUUCACUUUUAGAAUCUUGUACUGUUUAACUUUUGAUUUUCAAAUGUUCUGCUUCAGGUGUCUGUGAAGAAUUUGUACUUUAAAAGUUCGUAUCCUCUGAGGUGCUUGACAAAGUGUACACUGCAGAAUUGCCCAUUCUCAUUACGGUGUCAUAUUUUAUUCAUGCCUGUGUGUUUUUCUUAAGUGUGAAUUCUAGAUACAGCUACUUAUGGAUUCAUCAAUAUCAUGAGGACUUUUGCUGGUUCCAAUCAAAUCAAUGGCAUUUAAUAAAUUUUUUAAGAAGUAAAAAAAA